AUGGCCCCAGCAGAUGACGUCUCUGAUGACGGCUCUCUCGAUUCCCAGGUGGAAUGGGAACUCGAAGAAGGAAUUCCUCAAGUCGAGGAUCCUUUUAUCCAAAAGUACAUGGAUGGCAGGCAAGCAUUGAUUGAUCAGGAGAAGAAGCAAAGACAUGACUACCUGUUUAAGAGGACCAUGUCACCGAUGGCCAAGCAGGCUUCCAAGAUCAUGAACUCCAUCCGCCGGCGAGAGUUGAAAGAGGUUUGGACUUCUGAAUACGAGGAUGGCCUCGCGGAGAAGAACGGUGGCAAUCUCUAUCCCGGCAUGAUGUUUACUCUAGCACGUGACCGCAUUGAAACCACUGAAAUGUGGAAGAUCAUUGAGAAGAUGCCCAAGGGGGCUCUCUUGCACGCUCAUCUUGAUGCUAUGAUUGAUAUUGAUUGGCUAAUUGACCAGGCACUGGCUGAGAAAGGGUUCUGUAUCUUGGCGCCCGAAGGACUGAGCGAUAGGGAUAAACGAGAUAAAGGUCUUCUCCAGGUACGCUACUAUUCGGACGCAGAAAUCAAGAAACAGAAGAGUUCAGGCAGUAUCUGGACCUCAAACUAUACAGCCAACACGCCUGUUCCCAUCAGGGAAGCGCAGCGGACAUUCCCGGAUGAUGACUCAACGUUCAAGAAGUGGCUCCUUCACCGUUGUACUGUAACGGCUGAAGAAUCUUUGUGUCACCAUCACGGGCUGAAUGCGAUCUGGCGAAAAUUCCAGAGCACGUUUCUCAGUAUUGGGUGGAUGCUUUUUUAUGAACCAAUCUUCCGACGGGCGCUACACAGACUGCUCGGACAAUUAGCUGCUGAUGGGAUCAAUUAUGUGGAUCUCAGAACCGCUUUUCGUUUCGAGUACCGCAAACAAGGUCAAACGAGAGGUCAAGUGGGCCGGUUCGAUGACUUUUUCGUUGCCUUUGGCGAAGAGAUUGAGAAGUUCAAAAAGACCGAGGCAGGAAAGAAUUUCAAAGGUGCUCGUAUGAUCUGGACUGUGAUACGAAGCCUGGAUACACGAUCACAAGUCGAGGGCAUGAAGGAAUGCAUUCGCAUAAAGAAGAAGUUUCCCAGUCUCGUUUGCGGGUUCGAUUUUGUGGCGCAGGAAGAUAUGGGCAAAACUCUGAGCGAGCUGACGCCAUUGAUAUUCUGGUUCAGAAAAAAGUGCGCUGAAGCUGGUGUGGAUCUUCCCUUUUUCUUCCAUGCCGGCGAAUGCCUUGGCGAUGGCGACAGCACCGACAACAACCUGUUUGACGCCAUCUUGUUGGGGACGAGAAGGAUUGGGCAUGGCUACUCACUGUACAAACAUCCACUGUUGAUUGACAUGGUGAAAGAAAAGAAGAUCCUAAUUGAAAGUUGUCCAAUAUCGAAUGAGAUCUUACGGCUUUCAAGCAGCAUUCUAGGCCAUUCUCUGCCAGCCCUGCUUUCACGAGGUGUUCCGGUGUCGAUGAACAAUGACGAUCCUGCUAUCCUUGGACAUGGAAAGAAUGGAGUAUCGCAUGAUUUCUGGCAAGCAUAUAUGGCAUUUGACAACUUUGGACUUGAAGGACUUGGGACAAUGGCUGAGAACUCGCUCAAGUGGUGCGCCAUAGAAGAUCAAAAGCCUGCGGAGUGGACAAAGGCAAUCACCGAUGGUUAUAUGGGUAAGACGGUGAAAUCGAAGUUACUGCGAGAGUGGCGCUCAGAGUGGGAGAAGUGGUGUGAAUGGAUCAUUCUAGAGUAUCCAGAGGAGGUAGAGGAAAGUGAUGAGGAGGAUGAAGAAUCGGAGGAUGAGGAUGAUGACGAUGACGAUGACGAUGACGACGACGAUGAUUGA